UGCAGACUGAUUGGAAACAGUAGAGUCUUAUGCCCCGGUGCACCACCCCAGGAGUCCAACAGCACAGAAAGAAAACACUGAGCGCAGAGUGCACCCCUGAGUGUCUGAGUAAAGACAAAAACAUACGGGGAAUCUACUGCUGGGAUGCUGGCUGUGAUGACAGAAGAGUCUUGCUGACUAAGAAGAUGAGCUCCAGAAGGCUGAUGAACCGUUCGCUCUCAAGUGAUGGAAGGUCUUACUACGGUGGCAGCGAUAUCAGCCCUCAAAAUAGAAGGGUCGGCUGUAGGAGCUACCUGAGCAGUGUUCGAUCUGAAACCAGCUAUGCUGGUCAUAGAUUCUCUCAGUCCAAGCCUUCCAGGAGCACUCUCUGCAGUGUCAUGGCCCAAUUAGCUGAGGAGAUACAGCCAACAUUUGAGACCACAUUAAAAUCCAAAGCUGUGUCUGAAGACGCUAACGUCAAGUUCAGCUGUGUGGUCUCAGGCCACCCAGUCCCUGAGGUGACGUGGUACAAAGAUGAUUUACAACUGGACAGAUACUGCGGCCUUCCCAAAUAUGAAAUUUCACGGGAUGACAAGACACACACACUCCAAAUAUACAACUGUACUCUGGAGGAUGCUGCAAUUUAUCAAGCAUCAGCACAGAACAGUCGAGGCAUCGUGUCAUGUUCAGGGGUGCUGGAGGUGGGAACAAUGAGUGAGUACAAGAUUCAUCAAAAUUACUUUGCAAAGAUUAAACUGCGGAACGAGAACCGACGUCGCGAGCAUGAAGAGCCCCGCGAUGCAGGCAAAGAGAAUGUCCCAGCAGCCCUCGAGAACGUCAGGGUGAGCAGUCCUGAAAGAGCCCAAAGGAAACGUAGGUCCCCCAUGGAGACCAGAGCGGCUGGCAGCCCUUCAGAGGAGAAAACCAUGGAGGUGGAUGCUCUCAGUCCAACACCUCCAGUUCAAGAGUCAGCAUCUGUUCAUGAACUCUCAAACUGUGAAAUGAUCACAAACAAAGAAAAAGACAGCCAGGGGCUAACGUAUAUCCACGAUACCAUGCAGAAUGGCUCCAGCAAACAGUCUAAUGAGCAUUACGUCAAGAAAAAGAUCAAAAUCUCAGCAGAUGCAACAGAGAGAAUUAAAGAAAGCAGACAGACUGGAAGAAGCGAAGAGGUAAUGAAUGAAAGUGGGGCUUUCGCCGAGAAGAUGGUAACCUCCGUUACUGAAUAUGAAAACAAAAUAGACAUAACAGGCAGAGAAAUAAGUGACAAACCAUCAGUGAAAGUGAACAAAAGUGCCUCAAAAGAAUCAAAGACUGUCUCAGUGUAUGAAUCGAGAAACAAAAUUGACAUAACAGACACAAAAAAAAGUGAAAAAACUGCAGCACACACGAACAAAAGUGUGUCAGAAGAAUCAAAAAGAGGUCAGGGUGCUCAGAUCACAUCAGCAACAGAAUCUAAAAACAAAAUGGACAUAACAAAAAGCAAAACUGAAAAACUGUCAGAGAGAGCGAACAAUAUGGUCUCAGAAAAAGCAAAGGGGACUCAGGGUGUUCAAAUGACCUCAGUGACUGAAUCAGGAAUUAAAAUGGACAUAACCACCAAUAAGAAUCAAAAAUUUUCAGUGAAAGCAAACAAAAGUCAUUCAGAAGAAUCAAAGAGAGCUCAGGGUACUCAGACUGCCUCAGCGACUGAAUCAAGAAACAAAAUAGGUGUAACAGUCACAAAAACCGAUGAAAAACAGUCAGUAAAAGUAAACAAAAGUCAUUCAGAAGAAUCAAAGAGAGCUCACCAUACCUCAGUGACUGAAUCUAGAAACAAAAUGGACACGAAAGACACAAAAAACAAUGAACAACUGUCAGAGAAAGUGAAUAAAAGUGUUUCGGAAGAAUCAAAGAGUGUUCAGAUCGCCUCAGUGAGUGAAUCAAGUAACAAUGUAAUCGUUGCAGACACAAAGACAAAUGAAAAACAGCCAGAGAAAGUGCACAAAAGUGUCUCAGAGGACUUAAAGAGAGCUCAAGGUGCUCAGAUCACUUCAGUGACUAAAUCAAGAAUCAAAGUGGGCAUACAUGACACAAAAAAGAAUGAUAAACAGUCAGAGAAAGUGAAGGAGAGUUGCUCAGAAUCAAAAAGAGUUCAAAAGCUCAUUACAACCGAGAAACAACUGCCACUGAACUUUUCCAUGACAACCCAGAUGAACAAGGUGGUUGAGAACACAAAGCUAACUAAAUCAUCUGACAAAGGGACAUCAAACCUCCAACCUCAAACUCUAGAUGCUAUCCAGAACUCUAAUUCAAAAGAUAUAGACAACAAGCUCAUGUAUGACCACAGGAAUAAACCUCCAGAAGGUACAUGUGUGAGGAUCUUUCCUCAUUCCUGUGGUGGGAAUGACGUCAAUGUGGACACAGGGGAGAGGAAUGCAUCUGCAUGCUCUCUUAGGAGCUUGUCUACAGGUGAUACUCACACUCAAGCCACAGAGCCACCAAUUUGUGGAGACGUUCCACCUUUUCAGAAGGAAGAGCCCAUGGAUUUGAAGCAGCAACCCUCAUUAAUGCAUGAGGUCACUGUGAGUGUUACGGAAACACUCAGUUCCUGUCACCUUGCAUCACAAGGAAAGAAGCUGAGGACAGGUGAUCAGUCUGUCGCUUCAACAAAAAGCAGUACACUUGUCACUGAUCCUCAAAACACUCAGCAGAGUGAGAAAAUCUCCUCAGGUCAUAUUUCACACAUACUUCAAGACAACCAAGUCACUACAGCUAUGAGUUCCUCAUUAGGAAAUGACACAUUAGCUAACAUGUGUGAGAAGGACAGCAAAGCUGAAAACCAACUCAUCAAAGAGUCUGAUAAACUAAAAGGUGAAACAAAAGUUGCAUCUUUUUCUAAAGAAAAGUCAACGGCAAACUCAAACCAUUCCACCAAUCAUGUCAUUGUUACAGAAUUUGUACAAUUUCCCACGACAAACGAUGUGGUGCAACCAAAGACCAUGAAUGACUCCUCAAUCUCUAAUGCUCAAAUAAAAGAUAAUAAAGCCGAAGAGCUUCAGAACACUUCUCUUGAAGCUACAAACAAUGUGGCUAAAAUGGACAUAAAGGCACAGUUUAAUGAAGCCACAUCUGAACUACCCAAAUCAACUCAUCACGAGAUACAGAGUUACUCUACAAAAAAAGAUCAUUCUGGCUCCUCAACAUUCCUCUCCCAACAUUCAAAUGUUUUACCCACAGAAUUUACCAUUCCUACAAUAUAUAUAACAGACGUGGACAGCAAAUCUCAAAACAGUGCAGAAUCAGAAAACUCAGAUGCUGCUGAAAUCAGAACUGAAGUGAAUACAGUAACCUCUAAGGUGACAAAUAACAACAUAAUCAUCCAAGUAAGCAAUAUAUCUAAAUGCACAGACACCAUGGACAAAACCACUGCUGUUUUGGAAUCUAAAGGUCUGAGUGAUGAAAAGCUUGAUCUUUCCCUGCAUUCACGGCCCUCUGAAGUCAGCAAGCCUCAUCAACAGCCACUAACUCAAGAAAAACACGCUGUCCCUGACAUUGUUCCACACUCAAUUAGACUAAAAGACGUCGCUAUGCAAUGUCACUCGGCUGACAAACGCAUAAAGACUAAUGAAUCUGAUUUAUCUGAAAUCAGUCAUCUUACAAAAACAGAUCUUAAUCUGAAAACUGAUUCAAACUCCUUUAUAAAACAAAUGAAGUUGGCUGCAUUAGACCUUGACACUGAUACCACAGCCAUGAAAAAUGCUGCGCCACAUAAAAAUGCGAAAGACAAUUUUAAAUGCAGCGAGGAAGUCAAUUCUGCAGUGACAGAGCCCAUUUCCUGCAAGGUAACAAUUCCAUCGAAGACUACAGACCAGAUUUUCAACUCUACUGCUGCCUACAGUGAGCCUGCCACCAAGAACGAUCAAAAGACUACAUUAAACAGGACUAAUACAGAGAAGAGUGAAACCGGAGUGCCUUUAUGUCUUGAAAAAGCAAAUAGUGAUUCAUAUCAGGGGGGCAAUUUAUCUUUGAAGACUCAAUCUGCAUCACCAUUACAAUCAGUCGGUAACUCACCAUUGAAGACCCAUCUGGAAACACACUCCCCUCGUCUCACCCGGAGGACUGUCCAGGCUGACCUCCCCAAACCUGCAGGAAAUGAGAAUGUUAAGCCCAGAUCAACAGAGAAAGACAAAGAAAACCAAUUCAAAGUCCCACAGGUUAUCCGUAAAAUCCGACCAGAGGUGUUUGAUGCCUCUGGACAUCUGAAACUCUGGUGUCAGUUUUUCAACAUAGUAAGUGACUCAACAAUAAAAUGGUACAAGGAUGAAGUGGAAAUUGCUGAGAUAAAGAGAAGUGCAGGAGAUGAGACUCAAGUGUGCUUGGCUAUUAUACAGAUGUCCAAAAGAGACUGUGGUGUUUACAGAUGCACCAUUACCAAUGAAUAUGGCAAAGACUUCACAGAGUAUCUUCUUAGCACAGAAUUUCUGUCCAAUAUGUUCCUGCGUGAGGAGCGCCAAGAAGUUGGGGAGGAGAUUGAGAUGACUCCUCUGAUCUUCAGUAAAGGUCUUGCUGAUGCAGGCUGCUGGGGCUCAAAGUUCUACGGCCGUGUCACAACAGAAGAAGCUCAGGUCGGGUUGGGAUGUGAGCACAAAACCAGACGACUGAAAGUGAUCUACGGAUUAGAUCCUGUGUUUGAGUCAGGCAGCUCAUGUUUUAUGAAAGUGCGAAGCCCUAUUGCAUAUGAGAGCAGAGAGGACACUGUCUUGGCUGAAAGGAACCUUCAGAUCACAAAACAGGAGUGUAAAAUUCAGAACAUGGCUAGAGAGUACUUCAAGAUCUUUGCUGCAGAGACGAGAGUGAUAGAGAGCUUUGGUGCAUCGCUGGAGGUAAUCCCUCUAUACUUCAUGUACCUGCCAGCGAGCAGUAUUCCGCAUGCAACAGUGGAGGCAGAGCUUAAAGGUGUUUACAUGCGGUAUUGUGGACUGGAUCGCACCGCGUCACUGGUAUUGAAUGAGAAGUUAGAAGUGGCACAGAAGUGUUCUUGUCUGCAGCAUUGGAUCUACCAGUGGACAAAUGGAAAUGUGCUGUUCUCCAGACUUGAGGGAGUUGAUACAAUACUGACAAAUAUUGGAAUAGCGGUCAGGUCAAAGGGGUAUCAGGGGUUUCCUUGUGAGGCUAAUCCAAAGGUUUUUGAGCAGUUUCAGAUUCAGCAUCAGUGUAAUUACUUCUGUGGUCUCUUAAACCUCAGAUCUCUCAAAGCUCCAGAAAUGCUCCAGACUUCAGCCAGACCCAAGGGCUCGAGCAGCCCGCUACUACAACGAAAAACAGCACCCAGCUCCUCCAGUCCCCAGACCCCACGCAAGGCCACAAAGAGCCCCAAAGUAUCCCGCAAGCUUAACUCACAGACAUCCACCUAACUCAAAAUAAAGCACGCUGUAUACAUAGGAAAAACUAAAGGAAAAAGAGAGGUGUGUCUGUUAUUGAAUCGGAAUUUAGAUACAGCGGCACUUACUAACCCAAUUUAAGUAAAAAUAACGUUCUUUUGAUAAAUUUUUUUUUUUUCUGAAAUAUCUAAAUCCAGAAUCAUUAC